UGGAAUAAAGAAUGGAAGAGGUUGAAGAGAAAAUAUAAUAAAAAUCUUAGUAUCUUAAAAGAAGAAGAAUAUUUUGAAGACAUUGCCUCGAAAAGCAUUUCUUAUAAUUUCAAUACCAAAUAUUGCAAUGAAGAACAACAAGUUGCAAAUGAAGAUUAUGAUACUGAUAAUAACAAUGAAUAUUAUGACGAUUAUGAUUGUAGAAGCAAGAACAACCAAUUUAACACAAAAAGUAAUCCAUUAGAAAAUACAGAUAGAGUACAAGUAUAUUCUUUACUUAGAGACAAAGAAGAAAGUGUAUAUGAAGCUGAUAAUGCUUCACACAUUACAAAUUGUGGAGAAUUUUUAAGCCAUUUUGAGUGCCAAACAUUACAAAAUCACAAUAAUAGCAUUUUUCAUUGGGAUGCACUGAGUGCGCAUUAGGAACUCGUGGAGUUUAGGCAACACUAUCCGAGUUUACCGACAGUACAAGUUUUUUUGCACGCCCAAUGAAACACUCAUGACUUGAUGAGUGCGCAUAAGAACCGAUUCGCCUCGGAUUGAAAGAAAAUAUAUGCAUUAACGUAAACUUCACUAUGGAACAAUCAGAAGAAUUAAGCAUUUCUUUCAAAGUCAAUAAUGACAUGCUCUCGUUAAAACUUCUAUCAAGUGAAACAGAGUUAUACAAUAAAUUAAUGAAUGACGAUACCUACAGCAUACAAUAUAUAAAACUUGUGAUUAAAAAUGGAUUGUGUGUUCUACAUGGAAGCGAAAAUCAGAAAAUUGAAGAAAUAUCUCGAGUGAUUGAAGAUGAAGAACAAUUGAUAUUCCACGCGAAUAUUCAUGGUGAUAAUCGCAGCAAUGAAGAUCAGCUAUCGGAGUAUAAUAAAGAAAAUGAAGCACUCAUGUUUGAAUCCUUUGAAUCACAGGAGUAUGAUCAGAAUGAAUCACAAUCGCAGGAGUACGAUAAAAAAGGAAAGAAGAGUAGCGAUUACUGGAGCAAUUCAGGAACAUCGUUUCUUCUCGAUAAAUAUGAAACAUAUAUGUCGGAUAUUGGUCCCAUGAAAAAAUUCAAAACUAAAAAAUUGAUGUGGGUGCAAAUUUCAAGAGAUAUGCUGACGAUGUUGGACGUAUUAAAAACUCCUCUUCAAGUUGAAAAUCGGUAUAAAACCGUUCUCAAAAGGAAAAAAAAAAGCAGUUGAGAACAACUCUAAAUCAGGCAGCUCUAGAGAGGAUGUACCAUUCGAAGAAGAAUUGCGUAAAAUUGCUCAUUCGGACGAUAGUAUUGAGCCCGAGGUGUUGCGAAAUGCAAGGAGCGUUAAAUAUCCUAAAUUGAAUACAAGGAGCGUUAAAUAUCCUAAAUUGAAUACAAGAAUGUCGGAAGAAAUCUGCAAUGAUAGUGCCUCUACACAUUCUACUGAUAGCUUACCACCGAAGACAAAAAAAUCGAAACCAAGUGAUAUUGAUAAAAGAAUGGAAUACUGGAAAAAUAAAGAAGCGGCAAAAGAAAGACGUCACCAAGAAAAAUUGAAUUUAAUACGGGAGUUGUUCGCCAAACAAAAGUAGCGGGAACUAAAGUAAGAUGAUACAGAAACAAG